AUGUUGUUUUGCUGGUGAAAGUGCACAGCUCGAGAAUUCUAUUGCUGGAUUGUUGUUUCAAUAUAUAUAUAUAUACUUAUAUAUAUAUAUAUAUAUAUAUAUAUAUGUAUAUACACAAAUUUAUAUAUAUAUAACCACACAAACACACACAUAUAUGUAUAUUGUACACACAUACAUAACAUUUGUAUACAACAACCACAGCAACUUUUAAUAACGAAUUGCAGCCAGGCACUCCUGUUUAUGAAGUCUUUGAAAGGUUAAAGGCCUGAGUGAACGGCGCAAAAAAUAUACGAUAUACACACACACACAUACACACACACACACACACACACACACACACACACACAUGCUUCGUUAACCUCCGUCAGUCCAUCCAUGCGUCUCAUUGUCUGUCUCUCCACACGCACAUCCCAUCAUAUUACCUAUGUUAACUAUCCAUUCGUCUGUCUUUGAACCCAAGACAUAGAUACAUCGACAUACACAACAGAUUUGAUUAUAUCAAUACUGGUUUUUUGUUUCCAUUCCUGGGUUUCGAAAUCUACCUCUUCCUUUACUAACGUCCUCAUCGUUUCAUCUCUUCGCACAUUCACACACACGCAUACACUAUCCUUAUCUAUCUAUCUAUCUAUCUAUCUAUCUACGUAUAUAAUCUACGGCGAAAGCUAUAUCUGAUUCUGGAGAAGUAAUUAUUACACAAAAACAGCUACGAAAGAAGUUUCUAUUCCUGUUUAUCAUCAUCAUCAUUACCACAAAUCUACAUCUACAUAGCCAGGAAGCCACCCUGCAUUAAUAUAUACAUAUACAUACAUACAUAUAUAUAUAUAUAUAUAUAUAUAUAUAUAUAUAUAUAUAUAUAUACACUCACACACACAUACACGUACCCCAAUCUAUCUACGUCUUGAGGGAGGACCUCAUAGGAACUGGCCCAGCUAUUAUUGUCUGUACAUGUCGCCAAUUCUUGAUAUUUACCGUAUCACUUCACAGACUGCGACAUGAGUAAAAAGAUUUUCCUAUCGCAAGUCAAAUCGGACAACGCUCGCCUGUUUGACUUGUCCGAUGAUGAACUUGUCCGACUCACCGUGAAAGAACUAAACCAGGUAGUGAAGGGUCUCACCAGAGAGCAAGUGUCCCGCCUAAAGCAGCGUCGACGUACACUGAAGAACAGAGGCUAUGCUGCCAACUGCCGCGAGAAGCGGAUAUCACAGAAAGAGGAGCUGGAAAUCGAGAGAGAAAAGCUACGGGCUGAGGUGUACCGGCUGCAACGAGAGAACAAUGUGGUCAAAAUGGAACUGGACUCAUUGCGACAAAAAUACGACGCCCUACAGAGAUUUGCCGACAAAAGUGAACUGCUCAUUCUACAAAAGCCAGUGAUGAUGUCUGAACCACUUUCCCUGAAGAGAGAGACAAUUCGGAGUUGACUGUCCGUUGGUGGUGGUGGUCGUGGUGGUAGUCAUGGCGGAAUCCCUUUCCCUUGUCUUCCAGACAGGACUUAUAAUUUUGAACUCUUUCCGCCAUUCUACACAUCACACAACAGCAGUAACUAAAGAUCACCACCUCCAUACAACUACUACUACUACUACAACCAUUACUUUUCCUCGCCAUUACCCCUCUAUUAAACAUACAUAUACAUUUAUGAUAUAUAUUAGGUAUACUGUACUUGAUAUGUAUAUUGUAUAAUAUAUAUAUAUAUAUGUAUAAUAGAUGCAUAAAUAUGAACUGUAUGAUAGAUAUAUAUAUUAUAUAACAUAUAUAUAUAUAUAUACACAUGUAUGUAUGUAAUCUACAGACAUGACCAAUUAAUAAAGAACUGGAGUAUAAAAGCACCAAAAUGUGUAAACAGACUUCUGAGAAAAUUAAAUUAAAUUAAGAGAGACUGAAAAGAAACAAAACAAAACGAAAAGACAAACGAGAAGCCAAAAUAAAGACAACAACAUCAUCAUCAUCUCACACAUACACACACACACGCACGCACACACACACACACACACACACACACAUAAUAUAUAUUUCACAUA